CAGGGAAGAUGUCCAGUUCAACAUGACCAUCACUGGCACUACUCCAGCAGUCCAACUGCAAGAACCUCUUCUAGCCUCGGUUUUAAUCACAGAUGCUAAUACAUCAUGUAUAUGUCCUGGAGCUAACGCCACACCGCAGGUCGUUCACAGCGUAGCAGAGAGUCCCUGUAUUUGAGUCUGCUCCUGGCCAUGGCAGCCCUCGCUACACUCAGUCUGUUGGCUCUCACUGCUAUAGUGGUAGCCUUCUGCUGCUU